CAGAAAUCAAAUCAAAAUAUUACUCUAGUUAUCGAAAGAUGAAAGGAUGAACCGCAACUCUUUAGAUACAGGCACCUUCGUGCAACAAGGUUCUGAAUGGAGUUUGGUACAUGCCUCAUUGCUAGCCUCAUGUUUUUUAUCUAUGAAUAUGUUUUCGAAGUAUCCUCUGGACCAAUACCUUGGUUCCGGUUGGUCAUGCCUAUGCUUUGUCAUGUUUCAUAUGAUAUACAGUUGCCCAAUAGCAUACUUGCAGUUCAGGAUUUUCAGUCGUUGUCGUGAAGGAGUUUUCGUACUUUUUGAUAGAUAUGUCCCCAUAUCUAAUACUAACCUUAUCAAAUUUAUAAUUGGGGUUUAUUUUAUUGCCAUAUCCUUCGUGUACCUAUUUUUCACGUUUUAUAACUGUGACGGUAGAAAUUGCAUUGGUGGGACAUAUGUAUGGGGAUCUUGUUCGGAUUCAUGGAGUGAAGGAGACUGCAAGGAUAACUACAAAAUAGUACACGCAGGUCCAGUCCCCGAGGAAAAAUUUAUGCUUAAUUUCAUACUCAUGAGAAGUGAUAGUAUUCUAUCUGGAUGGGAAAUUACCCCCUGGUUUAGUAUUCGUGGUUUAAUUCUAAUUCCCUAUUUAGCAGCAUUUAUCCUUAUUUUUCUCAUGACUAUUGGCGGUUCAAAGGUGUUUGGUAUGUUACUCUACAUAUUAUCACCAUUGGCUGUAUGUUUACUCAGUGGAGUACUGAUUACAAUACGUGUGCAAUAUGCUAAUUCAACUAAUCAGUUAUCCGACUAUUAUACAAAAUUUUAUCAAAUGUUUUUCACAUCAAUACCGAAUAAUCCUGACGGGGUGGAUACAUUUCAAGUGCAACCAUUAGUUUGGGGAUUUCUUUCUACAUUUGUUCAUUUAUCUCAGUCAUAUAAUCUGUGGAAUGGAGUUUAUCCAACCAUAGGUAAACUGAUCAAUGGUGGACGUAAAACACGACAUUUAGGUUGGAUUCCAGUGGUGAUAGGAUCAGCUUUACUCGGACAGUUACCAGUACUAAUUAUGCUUUUCGCUACCGCUUCAUCUUAUGAUCCACAAUAUGUUCGAUGUCAUUUAAGUGUUGAUUGGCUGGCACCAUUUGUAAUUAUGUCACAUAUUUUCUCGAAAUUUUCAAGUCCUCGACUUUUGGUUGCAUCAUAUUUUCUUGGACUCUCAUUAUUCCUUUUAUUAAAUCAAUCCUUAAUACUAUUCAGUACAACAGAACAUAUUGUUGAUCAUUUGAUUACUAAUAAUGAAAAAUAUGAAGAUCAUUAUAAACGCAUAUAUCGUUGUUCAAUUAUAUUCAUCAUUCUAUUACUUGGAUUACUUGGUGUACCUUUAAUUACUCAGGCUGGUUUUUAUUGGAUACGCUUAAUUGAUUGGUUUGUUGAUCGUUUAAUGUUGAUAUCAGUGCUUGGACAAGCAGCUGGUUUUCUCACUGUUUAUGCACAUUUACGUGGCAGUAAAAUAGAAACACCGAUGGUGAAAACAAUCAUAAUUUGUAUUUAUGCUAUACUCAUUACUAUUUCCAGUGGAAUUUACAUUUGGUACAUAUUGUCAACUUUAAAAAAACCACCUGAUUUUCAAUGUCGUACAUACAGUCAAGCACCGUUAAAUGAUCCAAUCCAGAAUAAUUUUAUUUUACUCGGUUGGUUGAUUGCAUUUGGUCCAAUACUAUUGGGUUCAAUCAUUGGAUUGAUUAUGACUUGUAUACGUUUUCAUAAUCACCAUUGUGAAGGAUAUUCGUAUUUCAAUUAUUUAUUCAAAGGUGAUUAUGGUCGACAAAAAUUUAUGCAAAAAACAGCACAAAUAUCACAUAUGAAAUAUAAUCUUCCUAAAUAUUCCAAAAUGCCAACAAAUCUUUCAUGGACUAGAAUAAAUAACUUUAACACUGUUACUGGUUCUACUAAAUUCAUGUCAUCAAAUUUAUCCCAUUCCAAUGAUCUUGGAAUGAAUAGAACAAUUUAUCGAUCUGUUGGUGAUCGAUUAGGCAAUUUUGUUUCGUCUAGUCAAGAUAUUGCUCAUGCUUAUUCUACAAAUCAGCUACCUAAUUAUCAUGAACAUAAUGAAAUGAAUCCAUUGAAUUCUUAUUUACUUCCUCCACAUAGAACAUCUGAAGUAAACAUCUACAAAAAUAAAUCAGCAUCAAGAUAUAAAGAUUAUCAAUAUCAGAAAACUAAGCAUCAUAAACCUCAUAUUUAUCCAAAUCACCGUUCAUUUGGUACAUUGGAUAUAUAUGAAAGUGAAGAAUUCUUGUAA